UAUAAAUGACAUAUAUAGUUUUAGCAGGUGUGUAAAGCCUUGGCUGAUCGGUUGAUGGGAAAAUGGAUGAUGAACCGGGAGCUCUGCCGCGGAUCACUGAAGCACCAUAUAAAUCACUAAAUUUCACGUUCUAGUAAAUAAAAUCCUGAAUAAGCUUUAAUUUCAGGUGGAGUAUCAUUCAUUAAGACCCAGGAGUAAAAUAAAAAUGCCGCUAUCGUGGAAAAGAACCAAGCGUGUGGUGUGAUGCUUUAUUUACCCACAAUGCCACUUUCCACAACAGUGUUCGGUGAGACGCGGUAGGAAUAAGACGUGCGUGCGCCGCGUCCUGCAGUGAGGAGGAGUGUCCCGCGGGAGUGAGUGUGCUGAUGAUGGCGUGUGGUGAUAUGUGUUGGUGACUGGCCGGGGGGGGAGGAGGAGGAGGAGUGUGCGGCGGGGCGAUGCCUGUGGCGCGGUCCGUGUCGGCGUCCCAGCUGGCCCGAGGCGGCGAGGGGAGCGGGGGGGGAGGCGCGCCCCUACUGAUGCUGGCCCCCAAGGCACACACCCUGGACAGGUUGACGAAGCCCUCCAUGAUGAAUGGACACGGGGAGCCACGCAGGAAGCGGCCAUUCAUGUCUUUCCGCCUCAGUAAGAAGUCUAGCAAGCACAAAGAAGGAGGAGGAGGAGGGGCGGGCCGGGAGGUGAGCCAGAACCCUGGUGGAGGCAGCAGUGGUAGUGGUAGUGGGGGAGAGGGGGAUGCUGCCCUCCUCCAGGGGAACAGCACCAUCUCGGAGAACGGUGCCGAGAGUCUGGACGGCAGUGAUUCCAGCAGUGCCUCAGUGAAACCAAAGAAAAAAUACCUGACGCGGGUGAGCUCAUUCGUGAGCCGCGUGGCCUCCAAGGUGCAGGGCGGCAGCGGCCCAGGUGGUGCGCCAGGGGCACCCACUGCCCGGGGCCGUCUGGAGCGCAGCAAGACCAUAUCCGUGUCCGACCUGAGAACGACCAAGGCGGAAGAGUGUGUGGAGUUCCCCGAGGGGCGAGUGCCGGGGGUGAUGGGGAUCCGGAACCACGGGAACACGUGCUUCAUUAACGCGGUGAUUCAGUGUCUGAGCCACACGGACGUGCUGGCCGAGUACUUCGUGCUGGACCAAUACAAGCACGACCUGGCGCGCUGCAACAAGAUCAACUCCAAGAAGUAUGGCACGCGCGGGGAGAUCACGGAGCAGCUGGCCGUGCUGCUCAAGGCGCUGUGGACGCUGCGUUAUGUCCCAGACCUCUCCAUGAACUUCAAGAACACGGUGGACAAGUAUGAGUCCCUGUACCGCGGUUCCCAGCAGCACGAUGCGGCAGAGUUCCUCAUGUUCGUGCUGGACAAGGUGCACGAGGACCUCAAUACCGCCUCCAAACGCAAGUACAAGAAGAUCAAGAACACCUAUGGCCGGCCGGACGAGAUCGUGGCGGCGGAGACCCUGGCCAAUCACCUCAGAUGCAACAGUAGCUUCAUCCAGGAGAUUUUCCAGGCUCAGUUCCGGUCGUCCCUCAAGUGCCCUCACUGCCAGAAGGAAUCCAACACGUUCGAUCCGUUUGUGUGUGUGUCCAUCCCCAUCCCCCAGCGGCAAAUGCAGGCCAUCUUUGUGUGUGUGGUGUACCUCAACCAGCAACCCAAGCAGGUCCAGCUUGGCAUCAGCAUUGAGAACACAGCCAGCAUCCACGACCUCCGGCAGCAGUUGGCGGAGGACUGCGGCAUCCCGGCCACCAGUCUUAUCAUCACCGAGGUGGACGGGGAGGGCUUUCACCGCACCUUUGCUGAUGGCAGCCCAGUCAAUGUGAUAGGGGAGAGUGACCCCCUGUAUGCCAUCGAGCUGCCACCACACAAGCCACCGACGCAGGAGAGCGGCGCCUUCAUCCUCAUCACCUGGGUCAAUGUGGUGCUGGCGGACCCAGAGAACAUCAGCUAUGCUGAGUCCAAACAUGGUGCGAUGUUUUGCUGGUACAGGUUCGGUGGUGUGUACCAGAGCCAGGUGGUGCGGGAUGUGAGCUAUGUGGACUUGCAGAAGCUCCUCCUGAAGGAGAUGACCAACAUGGUGACCAACGACACCCUCACCUCAGAGCAAGAGAGUGGACUGUUCCUCAUUGGUGUGGAUGAUGGUGGCAGCUGCGUCAUAUGCCUGGACCCAGCCCUGGACGUGCCUCUGUACCACGAGUGUGUGGAGCAGGCGCUGGCGCUCUGUGACCCAGCGGCAGGGCCCCCACACAUCAAACUCGUCCUUCAGUGGACCAACCAGACCAAAGAGAAGUACAUAGUAGAUGAUGUGGACCAUGUGGAUGAACACUUCAGUGUGAAGGAGCUGAAGGAGAACCCCCUACAGUGUGCCUCUGUCUCCCUGCAUCAGUGUCUGCAGCUGCACACGUCGGCAGAAAAGCUCGGGUGUGGGGACGCAUGGCACUGCCCAACUUGUAACCGCAAGCAGCAGGUGGUGAAGAGACUCAUGCUUUGGUCCGCCCCACAGAUACUGGUCAUCCACCUCAAGCGCUUCAAACAAGGAACCCUUCAGAGCAACUCAUCCAAGCUCUCCACCACUGUCAAGUUCCCCCUGACUGGCUUUGACAUCUCAGAACACAUAGCCAGCAAACCCAACCACACACACCCUAACGGGCCUGCUGACUCUGGUAUGCUUGGUGGGGUGUGGUCUCCUUGGAAGAGACCCAAGCGGUGUGUGACAUAUCCAGAGGAAAAUGUGUAUGAUCUGUAUGGCGUCUGCUACCAUCAUGGGAAGGAUAUGCAAGGGGGACAUUACACAGCUGUGUGCAAAAAUACAGCAGACAACAGGUGGUACAGCUUUGACGACAGCAAGGUGGAGGCUGCCUCAGAAGACCAGGUAGUGAGUCCUGAUGCAUACAUUCUCUUCUACCAGCGUCGAAGUGACAACACAUUGAUGAGCUGCUCUGAGGGAGGUUUGCCCGAGCACUGGUCCUACAGGAUACCCCUCUCCUACUUGCCACCAGCCCUUGCCCUCCCCACUAGCAAGGAGACCAAAGUUCCAGCACCUCCACCAGCACCAUUUGAGCGAGGGCGCUCGUAUGGGACGCUGCCAGUUGGUGCUCGGGUACAGAGGCAAUCAUCCAUGGAGCGGGAACAUGCAUCUGACACAGAGGCACCACUGGCAUCUCAUGAGGAAUCCCCUCUCCUGAAGCGAAGGUCCACAAGUACGCUGCUUGAGAAGGAAGACUCGCCUGCAGAGGAGAUACCCAAAUGUAACCUGAAAAUUGAGACUGUGAAGGUAGAUGUAUUAGCCAGCCAGAAGACAUCAGAGAAGGAGGAUGACAGCAUGGAGUGUGACACCACCAUCAUUCCAGUCAACCCUGACAGUGAUGAGGAAAUGCCAGAGGUGCUGAGGAAGACUGCAAACUCCCCCACCUCUUCUUCUCCAACCCCAUCCUCCACCACCACCAGCAAGACAGUCCUCAUCUCCAGGUGCCAGGCAGUAAGGGAUACCGACAUGCCUGAUGGUGCUUCCCCAUCCCCACCCCUCACCAAUGGACAUGCUGCCCCAUCAGGCGAAGAGGAAGAAGAGGAUGAGGAAGAGCUCAACGUGCCUUCACUGGAUUCCCAGGAGAGUGACCACCGGCAGGAACAGACUCCGGAGGUUAGGAUCCAUCCUGCUACCCCUGAGGUGCUGGCUGCCCACCAGGGUCAUGCUGACAGCCAGCCCAAACGUAGCAUCAUCACUCUCACGCUACGGCCGAGGAACCCCAGCGAGUCCUCCUGUGAGGCCCGGGUAGUGUCACGCACUCCCAGCCUAGCCAGCACCCGUAGUUCCUCCAGUGUGUCCAGCAGUCCCACAGUGAAUGGUGUGGAUGGGCCCUAUCUGAAUGGUGUGGAUGAUGAGCCCCACAGCCCCAUCACUCCAGAGAUCAGGAUCACACCCCUUGCCAAGCCAGGUGAUGGGGCAGGUCCUGUGCCUCCACCUGUCAAAGUUUCCACUAGGUGCAUGAAUGCCAACAAGACAGCAAGCUUUGUAGUCAUCAACACUCCCACUGCCAGUCCCAGAGCACCUCGUCCCAAGACCCCAACCAGUGCUACCUACAAUGGUUCCCCAAAGCCCUUCACAUCCAAGACCACUGUAAAGACCAGAGACCCCUCUGUGGAAUCCCUGAGGAACCAGCGGCCUGUUAAUUCCUCCAGGAAGGAGAAUGGAGUAACGUCCAAAGCACCACUUACGAAUGGUAAGAGCCCCACCAUGACCCCAGCUGUGAACUACUGCAGUCCUCUCAAGGUGACUGCCACCACUACUGCUGGCCCCAGGACACACCGUCCAGAGAGAGGAGAACUCAGGUAUCCUCGAGAGGCUAGGUGUGAUCGCAGGGAAGACAGGUACGAAAGGCGGGAUGACAGGUACAGCAGGGAGGAGCGCCACUCUAGAGAAGAUAGGUAUGACAAGAGAGAAGACAGAUAUGACAAGAGGGAAGACAGGUGUGAGAGACAAGAAGACAACAGGUAUUCCAGGAGGGAGGACAGGUAUAACAGGGAUCACAGGUUUGAUGUUGAGAAGCGAUAUCUGAGGGAGACAAGGAGACACGAUGGUGAUUCAGGGCACCCUGAGAAGGACUACGACACCCCGCAGUACCAGCCAGGCCGGUGCAGCAUGGACUUCAGGGAGUUGAGGGAGGCGUGGUGCAAGCGAGAGUACAACUACAAGUAUGAGGAUGAGCCCAAGUGUGAACGCAUAUAUGCUUAUGAGAGGGACCUGGACCAUGCCCACCAACACAAGUUUGGGAGGGAAGGCAGAUAUGAGAGGGAUGGCAUGCAUGAGAGGGGAGGUGGGGACCUGUUGGGAAAGGGGCGAGCGUCAUAUGACUCCCGGGACCACUACCGCCCACAGGAUUAUUCUAAGGGCCUGCCCAACACUGCCAACACCCCCACCCCCACCCCCACCGUUAUCACAGAGUCCAGUGUAUGAUAGCGGUUACCAUGCUGUUUGUAUUUGUUUUUGGAGUCCAGUAGUUUUUAGCAUGCCGCUGCCUCCCUUCUCUCUUCUCCCUGCGGAUGCGCCGACCAAGUGUUUUGCGCAGAAAGUGUGAUAUAAUUUAUUUCUCUGUCUUGGCACUGAAUGGAAUUAGUUACUGUUGGGGUCAUGGGGCUGAAUUCCCAUGACCUGAGGGUUGACCAAUGCUCAGCCAUUCUGCCUUUCUGCAAGAUGUUUAUGUUGCCUGUAAAUUAUUAUCAUUAUUCUUGUUUCCUCCAGAUACACGAGCCUUUGGCACGUGAAGAUGUUCUGGAUGAAUAUAAACACCAACAGAGAUGCACAUAUGCUGCUGCUGACCCACACCUGCUGUUUAUACAUUCCAUUUUGCAGAUUUCAUACUUAUAAAUAAGCCUGUACAUAAUUUUUACCAGAAGUUUAUCGAGAUUUUUAUAUAAUGUGCCUCAUGAGUUUUAGUAUAUAUAAAAUGAAAUAUAUAUAAUACAGUAUAUAUACACAGAAUACAUGUAUAUUUGUUUAGCAGACUUUAGUUUGUGGCAGAAUGUUAAUGUUCAGCUUUCACACCCUCUGUUCACUGGCAGCUCAAACACUAGGUGGUUCCUGGGCCAGUGGGCAGCUUCCUCAGCUAGCUCUGUGCAGCACUAUCAGAGUCACCAAAGAGGCAAAUUUUGUUACUUGAUUGACUUACACUGUUUAGUUGAGCAAUGUGACUUUGGUGGCUCAGCAGUGCUUCUGAGUACGAGUAUGCAAGACCUCAGUGUGUGUGUGCGAGUGUGAGUGUACAUGUGUACGAGUGAGUGAGUGAGAGAACAUGUGGGACUUUACCCAAACAAACUUGGUAUGAAUGCUAAUUUCCUGGUAAAGCAACUGAGGCUGGUUUUUCCACGGCCCACGUACAGUUGGUUUUGGUGCCUGUUUUCCACUGGUUCCAGUUUACAGACCUGCGUGUCACUGACCUAGGUAUCAUCAGUGCUCAUUUUGUUUGCAUUUACUAUUUUACAAAAUUUUUCUCCAAUCAUCCAUGUCUAAAAAAUGUCCAAUAAGAAGUCUUUGAUGUGAAAAAAAUGUCCAAAAAACUUCCUGUGUAUGUGAACUAGGUAAGCAUGACCAAUUUUUCCUUCCCUUGUGAAAAUUUGUGCGAGCCGAGUAGCACACCUGUGUUGCAUGUGUGUCCCCGGGUCCCUUCGUGCGGGGCCAAGUCAGUCUGUGGUGAGCCUGUGACCCUCCAUGAUACUAUAUUGUGUCAAGGUGAACCCAAAGGUAAUGCUCCUUAUUUUUAUCUUUGAACAUAUCAGUUUUAUUAUUUUGUGAAGGCACUUGAUUUGUAUAUAUUUGGUCAAAUAAUAAUAAUGCAAUUGCUAAACUGGGUCUGAGUUGAAUUUUAAUUUCAUGUUUUUACUGGAUGGGUUUUUAAUGUCUGGCUGAAAUAUAUGCACACCUGCCUGGGGGUAUUCAGGUCUUGUGUUAGGACAACUCAACUUUUCACUGUCCCCUGACUAUUGGUUGUAAAUUCUCAAACAACUCUAGAUCAUUAUCUCACUGUAAUAGAAAAUUCAUUUGGUAAUGAUGAGUGGGAGGUUCCCAUAAAAGAUAAGCAACUUUUGUCUUUAUCUUCCUGUGAAAGUGAUGCUUCUUCCCUGCUUAUGUAGGACAUGGCAAUACUUGUAUUUUGUCAAAAUCUACCAGGUAUUCUAAAAAAAAAAUUUUUUUUGAACAAUUACUUUUUAUUUGGCAUUUACCCCCUUAACUUCACAGGAUACUUCUGCAAUUUAUUUACUUCAUGUUUUCAAAGGAAAGAAAAAAACAUGAAAUACAUGGAUGUGUGUGGAAAUAUCCUGUGUAACAGGGGAUUAACAGUCACUGUCCUCUUGCCUGUCUGGACACCACUGCACCAUUUUAUAAUGAACGUGUUACAGCACCUGAUGCUUGUUGACCUUUGUGCUUUACGAUGCAGUCUGUCAUUACUUUUGUUAAUGAAGCACAAUGCUGGUAGGAAUUUAGUGGUACUGGUUCAGUGCUUUGAUUCACUUAUGUAAUUACAGUAAUUUGCCUAUUCUUAUCACAUUAACAGAGUGAUUUAAUGUUUG